CCCCGGGCUGUAGAUUGUAGCAGUCGUCGCGUUCCUGGCAGUGAGCGCACACAUUGGGACACUUUCCAAAAACGCCCCAGCUGUACGCAGCACCAGAGUCAGCGAUAUGAUCGUCCAGAGGGGUUUCGAGGAGUCUCUGGAGCUGCUAGAUCAGGAGAUGAGCAGCCCCAUUAACCCCUUCUACUUUUACGGGGGGUCAGCGAGUUCUGAGUCGGGGUCCUCCCCAACUCACUCCAUUGCCUCUAGUCCUGGUUCCCCGUCUUCAGACUGUGACUCAGUGGGGAGCCUGAGUGCCUCCUGGCCCAGCACCAAGAGAGCAGAUCACUUCCUUGGCAUUGGUCGUCACCGAAAAGGAACCUUUCAAGGAGUCCGUGUAAAGAAUCCUGUAAGGGAACUCCUAUUGCAGAAAAGAAGUAAAUUUGGGAAUGUGGCAAAUGAAACUCCGAUAUCCAAAGCUGGGAUGAAUUCUGAGUCGUGUACAGAACUGAAAAACAUUUUAAGAAACCACAAACGCACUCAUGAUUUCACUUCGGAAGCACCUGCUGCAAAACAGUUGUGUCCUUUUCCUUCUAGUUUUCUGACUCCCCCAAGCACUCCAAACCCCAACGAAGGUAUGGAUGAGAUCUCGAAAACUGACAUGAGCGCAGAUUCCACCUUAGAUGUGCUACAAAGUAUCAUCAACAUAAAGAAUGAGUCCAAGCCAGUCUCUCUGAACACUGUGCAAGUCAGUUGGACGAACAACAUACAGCAAAGUGAUGUUGCUCAAGAGCAGUGUUUUCAAGGCAGCGCAAGUCAAGCUUAUUCAAUGUGUUCACUACCACAAAAUAAUGAACCAUAUGCAAUUGGAUCUCUGCAAAUGCCUCAGGUUCCUUCCAACACUCAAGAUUAUAAUCAAUUCCCUGCAAACUCUCCCGUCCAGAGUUCAUUCUUUUCCAAUGAAUUCCAGGGCUACUCUGUGGAUAGUUAUAUGCCUGCUGUUGUUGGUCAAGAGACAUCUCCAGAAAUCGUGCCUGGCGUUCAGGCUAUUGAAUCAUGUAUGCCAGCUCCAAACUUUAUUCCAACCGCGAAUGCAUCCAGAAAUGCUUUUUGGGAGAAUCAUGUAGUUCAGUCUUCGCACAAUGUGCAGUCUUCACACAAUGUGCAACCACAGCUAUGCCUUUCAGACCAAAAUAAUCCUAACCCCUUUCAAGUGGGAAAGUCAUUCUUCCAGUGGCAAAUCGAACAGGAAGAACGUAAACUGGCCAAUGUCUCAGAUGAACAGCUAAUUUCUAAAGAUUCAGAUGGGGAUACGUGCCUUCACAUUUCUGUUGCACAAGGAAGAAGGCCUUUUUCCUAUGUUGUUGCUCGCAGGAUGAUGGCAAUUAAUAUGUUGGAUAUUAAAGAACAUAAUAAUCAGAGUGCCUUACAGGUUGCUGUAGCGGCCAAUCAGCAUCUCAUUGUGCAAGACUUAAUCAGUCUUGGUGCUGAUGUAAGAACUACGGACUACUGGGGAAGAACUCCACUGCAUGUCUGCGCGAUAAAUGGAUAUACAAAGGUUAUUGACGCAAUCCACAAAGGACUGGCUACCAGCAAUCAGUAUGUCGAUGUGGAUGCAAUAAACUAUGAAGGUUUGACAGCUCUGCACUGUGCAGUGAUUGCCCACAAUGCAGUACUGCAGCAGCUAAUGAACAAUGUACAUAUUCGUUCUCCGGCAACUGAAGAAUUAAUGCAGAAAAAUAAGGCAAUGGUUGACACUGUGAAAACAUUACUAAUGAUGGGUGCAUCAGUGGAAGCACAGGAUCGUAAAAGUGGACGCACAGCACUGCACUUGGCUGCAGAGGAAGCAAAUCUUGAACUGCUAACAAUCUUCCUGGAGUUACCAAAUUCCUUGUCCUUCAUUAAUGCAAAGGCCUUCAAUGGUAACACAGCUCUGCAUGUGGCUGCAAGUCUGCAGUUUAGAAAAACCCAUCUAGGAGCCGUUCGACUUUUGAUGAGGAAAGGUGCAGAUCCAAGUGCUAGAAACUUGGAGAAUGAACAGCCAGUUCACCUGGUACCAGAUGGUCCGGUUGGGGAAGAGAUAAGACGUGUCCUUAAAGGAAAAGCAGUACAACAGCGCUCAUCACCUUAUUAACUUCAAUGACCACUUUUUUUCUUAAGAAACACUGCUAGUUAAGCAGUCUUAUUAUAUGUAAAUAGGUUUGCCAUAUGGCAAAUAUAUGUUGGUUUCUAUGAAAUUCUACUGUUUUGUUCACUACUGUGUAGUGACUUAAUCAUUACCCACAUCAAUCAAUAGCAAUCUAGUUCUUCCAUCAUCAUGUGGUUGGCUAGUGUUAUGGGUUUAGAGCUUUGGCUAUCAUGGUCAUAUCAUUUGACUUUAUCAAACUCGUACCAGUAAGUGUAUCUGGUAUUUCAAACUUAAAAAAAAAAAAAAAAAAAAAA